AUGGAGGCUCUUGCCUUCGCGUUGCAGCUGGACGGCGAGGAAGAGGUCCACUGCGAGUUGCAGCUCGAGGGAGACGAAGAGCACACAGUGGUUAAGAUCGGCCGAUGCCCGAAGGGCGGACUGGUUGUCAAUCACCUCGGCGUCUCCUGGGUCCAUGCAGAGAUCCGUCUGCUGCGGCGAGACAGCGAGGCUGAACCACAGCUGUGCGUGCGAGAUGUCUCCGCAAACGGAACUGGACUUCAAGAAGAAGGAGGAAGUGAGGACGAAGUGCAAUGGCUGCAGCGUAGCGAAGAUGUGCCUUUCUCGGAAGGAAAGCAGAUUGUAAUGCCGCAGAAAGUCAAGAACAAAGCCGGCCGGCCGGAGGAUGCCGUGCGACGCACCAUCGGCCUGCGUCUCACCAGCGAGGAAGAGGCGGCCAAGGCAAGGCAGAUCCGAGAAGAGAAGGCGGCCAAGAAAAGAAGACGUGCUGGAAAGAAGGAAGAGGCGAAAGCAAAGAAGAAAGCGGAGGAAGCCGAGAAAGCGAAGAAGCAGGAGAAAGUGGAAUCGCCCAAGAAGGCAAAGGAAGACCUCAAGAAAAAGGCAAGCAAGGACGACGACGAGCCUACAAAGAAGACUGCUCAGAAAGAGAAGAAGGAGAAGCCGAGCAAGGAGAAGGACAAGCCAGCCACAAAGCAGGCAAGGUCCAGAAGCAGGGACGGAAGGAAGGAGAAGGCCAAGAACGGAGCGGCGUGGCCGAGGGGGAGCCGCCAGCCGUGGCGGCAGCGGUCCCGAAGAAGGCGCGCGCAAGCGCGAAAGCGACCGCGUGCUGCGUGCCGGGUCACCGUGCUUCCAGGUCCCGGUUCGGGAGCCGGAGCCUCCUCCCAGGGCUCCAGAGCCAGAGCCUCCAGAGCCUCCACAGCCUCAAGCUUCAGAGUCGACAGCGAGCCACCGAAGGGCGAAGAGGUGGUAGACGCAGAGAUCAAGUCAGAUGAUGAGGAUGUGGUGCUGGUGACAGGUGGCGAAACAGCAGCUCCCAGCGCGCGAGAGACUGAAGAAGUGGCUCCACAGCCGAAGACCGAAGCACCUGCACAGGAGCCUCCGGAGCCUUCACUUCCUGCCUGGGUCAGAGAAGGCAAGCGUUGCAACUGGUUCUCGAUGUCGCUGAAGCGACUCUUGCCGGUGAGGAUCACGAAGGUGGACCACGCCAAGUCCGUGGUGAUCGCGACCUUCGAAUCGGAUAGUGCAGUUUGGAAAAGUGUGCAUUUCUUGCUGCUUGGACAGCCUGACUGUCCUCUGAGAGGUCCUGAACCUGGUCAGGAGAGCAGUGACGAGGAAGAGGGCCGCAGCCGACGAACCGGGCGACGUUCGAGGACCCCGGAUGUCUGGGAGCAAGAGCGUCGCCGCGUCAUCGCAACGCAGGCGGUGGAGCAGCGGCGAAAAGCGGCCCAGGAGAUCGAGCGUCAGAAGGUGCAGGCUGCCUUUGAGCAGAGGAAGAAGGAGGCGGAGGAGCAACGUCUCAAGGAAGAGGAGGAGUGGCGUGCCAGGCUGGUGGAGAGGCGGAAGAAAGAAGCCGCUGAAGAGGAGGAGAGACUUCGACUCGAAGAGGAGGAGCGACAGGAGAGAAAGCGGAAAAGGAAAGAAGAGAAAGAUCGCGAGAAGGAGAAGGAGAAGGAACGAGAGAAGGAACGGAGAAGUAAGCAAGAGGCAGAGGAGGACGUGUUCUUCUGCAAAGCUGAGGGUGCGAACGCCAUGCUUGCACACGCCGGCGGAGGCAAGCAGGAAGUAGAGCUGUCAAGGUUUAACCCCAUGAUGGCCAUGAUGGCUGCAGCUGCCGGGAACGGCGGAGGCUUCGCGAUGAACCAGUCGUUGGGGAUGUCCAAGGGCGCAGGGAAAGGCAAGGCUUCUCACCCGAAGGGCUACGACCACGCGGCCGCAAAGGGCCAGGGAUGGGGCCCCGGAAGUGGUGCUGGCGGCUACAGUUCUGGCGGUGGCAAUUACGGAGCCUGCGGGGGCGGCUACGGCGAGCGCAGCGAGUACAGUCAUGGCCAAGGUGAUGGCUUCACGGGAGCAAGCAGCCGGGGCAGCAACGCAGGUGGCAAGGGUGGGGCGGCUUAUGCUGGUUGUGGCGGUGGCUAUGGCGACAUGGGCGGUGGCUGUGGCAAUGGUCCCAGCGGCGAAGACCGUGCGCCUCCGCCCUGGCGCAGUGCGGCGGCUGCACGGCCGCCCCCGCCGCCCAGCAGCCGAGGCCCCGGAGGAGGCUUCGGCAGCGAGACGCAAGGCACCAAGGGUGGCCACUUGUUUCCGAAUACCGCUGGAACCAAGGGAAGUGGCUUCCUUUUUGGAAACAAGGUUGCUCUUGAGCCUCGCGUAGAACCGGUGGUGCAGUGGUGCAACAAGGACAUAGAUUGUCCUGCCACCCAGCUGGAUGAGGAGGACGAGACAAGUGACAUAGGACAAGGUGACUAUGGCAACACUUUUGCAAAGGCUACAGGCUUUCCCUCACCUCCAGCAACGCCACCACAGCCAAGGAAGCGCAAGCGGCCGCCGUCGACAGGCCUCGCCGAGACCCCGCCGGAGAAGCCUUGCAGGCGAUCGCCGAGGCUGCGGGAGCUACAGAAGCUGCAGGCGGAGCAGGCGCCAGAAGUGCCUGCUCCGGCGCCGCGGAGGCACCAGGCCUCGACGGGCGGGCAGAAGAUUCUUGCAGAAGCACCCCUGCGGCCGGUGAUCGCCCUGAGCGGAGUGGAGAUCGAGGCCAAUCUGCUGAAUGCGGCCCGCAGACUUGUGGAGUCUCUUGGAGGAGAGAUCACGAACACGUGGACGAUGAAGGCCACACAUUUGGUGGCCUGCCGCUUGCGACGGACAUUCAAAAUCAUGUGCGCUCUAUGUCGCGGUGUGCCGAUUGUAAGGCCUGCCUUCAUCAAGCGCUGUGUGCAAGAAGCACGAGUGCCUGAGGUGAGGAACCAGGACCUCCUGAGAGACAUCAUCGGCCAGCAGAUCUUCGCAAAGCGCUUUCUGGGGCGCUCUCAAAGCUAUUCUCUGGGAGACGUACUUCAACGAGCCCACGACCGGCCUUUGCUGGCAAAUUUCCGCGUCUAUGUUCUGCCUGAGGUGACCACAAUGGAGCGUCCGAAGCUGCAUGCGCUCGUGGAAGCCGCCGGCGGCCAGUGGCAGGAGGAGCUGCCAACAGCAGGGACUCCUGGUUUUGGGGGGUCUCUGCUGGUCUUCGCCGACGCCGCCUCGCCAGCCGCCUCUCUGGCCCAGGCGGCUUCUUGCGGGGCCCCGGCUGGCGUCUACCAGUUGGAGUCGCUGCUCUCGGCUGCUUGCACCCAGGACCUACGCUUGCAGGCAUUCCAGAUGCCCUUGCGCCGACCAUCUCGUGCAGCGGAAAAGUCCUUUGGGGCGGGCAGGAGAGCCUUUGAGCAGCUGAGCUCACAGGGAAUAUGUUAUUGA